AUGGCGCAGAGUCGACAGAACUCGAUGGCCACGGUCGAUCACGAGAAAGACGAGAUCAAGAAAGCCAUGGGCCACGAGAAGGCUGGAGUUGAGGCUCUCGAGGUCGCUGGCCGUGGUGGUCGCGAAGUUGAUGACCUCAUUGACGAUAUGGAGCGCCAGCUUGAUGAGGCUGGUGGUCUUGACACUGGAUUCUUCCAAAUCCAAUUCUCCAACCCCAAGCACUUCACAUGGCUCCUUGUCGCCUUCGCCUCUAUGGGUGGUCUCCUCUCAGGUCUCGACCAGUCUCUUAUCAGUGGUGCAAACCUGUUCCUUCCUGAUGACCUCGGUCUGAACGAGAGACAGAACAGUCUCGUCAACUCUGGCAUGCCCCUUGGUGCUGUCGGUGGUGCGCUUUUGCUCUCCCCUGCAAACGAGUACUUUGGACGAAAGGGUGCCAUCAUCAUCUCUAUUAUUCUGUACACUAUCGGUGCCGCGAUCGAGGCUGGUUCAAUGAACUUUGGCAUGAUUGUUUCCUCUCGUGUUAUCCUGGGUCUCGGUGUCGGUCUCGAGGGUGGUACUGUCCCUGUCUACGUCGCCGAGACUGUUGAGCGAAGGAUCCGAGGAAACUUGGUCUCUCUCUACCAAUUCAACAUCGCCCUUGGUGAGGUUCUCGGAUAUGCUGUCGGUGCUAUGUUCCUCAAGGUUCCUGGCAACUGGCGAUACAUCCUCGGCUCAUCUCUCGUAUUCUCCACCAUCAUGUUCUUUGGUAUGCUCUUCCUUCCCGAGAGUCCCCGUUUCCUCAUCCACCAGAAGCGCCAUCUCGCCGCCUACAAGGUCUGGAAGCGCAUCCGUGGUAUCGAGGACCGCGAGUCACGAGAGGAGUUCUACGUCAUGAGUGCCUCCGUCAUCCAGGAAGAGAACGCUGUUGUCGAGGGAGCGAAGAACCGCCGAUUCCCCUGGAUGGACCUCUUCACUGAGCCCCGAGCUCGUCGCGCUCUUGUCUACUCCAACAUUAUGAUCCUUCUUGGUCAACUCACUGGUGUCAACGCUAUCAUGUACUACAUGUCUGUUCUCAUGAACCAGAUUGGUUUCAACAAGGAGGAGGCCAACUACAUGUCUCUUGUCGGUGGUGGAUCUCUCUUGAUUGGUACCAUUCCUGCCAUCUUCCUCAUGGAACGAUUCGGUCGUCGUUUCUGGGCUAUCACCAUGCUUCCCGGUUUCUUCAUCGGCCUGGUUCUUAUCGGUAUCAGCUACCAGUUCGACGUCACCACUCAGCUCAUGACUGUAGAGGGUCUUUACCUGACUGGUCUUAUCCUCUACAUGGGUUUCUUCGGUUCUUACGCUUGUCUCACAUGGGUCAUUCCCAGUGAGAGUUUCCCAACUCACCUUCGAAGUUACGGAAUGACUUCCUCCGACGCUCUCCUCUUCCUCGCAUCUUUCAUCGUCACCUACAACUUCUCUGCCAUGCAGGAGGCUAUGGGCAAGACUGGCCUGGCUCUCGGCUUUUAUGGUGGCAUUGCUUUCGUUGGUGAGAUCUACCAGAUCUUCUUCAUGCCCGAGACCAAGAACAAGACUCUUGAAGAGAUCGAUGUUGUCUUUUCACGACCCACCAUGGAUAUUGUGAGGGAGAACUGGGCUGGUGUCAAGGAGACUACUUAUGACCUUUGCACUGGCAAGUGGCACAAGGUCUUUGUUGAGCAGGCCAUGACAGACCCCAAGGAUCAGGUCCAGAUCUCUCACGCUUAG